UCAAAAGUAUUGGAACGUCCCUAAGUGUAUAGUUUUCUACAAAUCUACAUUCACAUUUUUGUACUUUGUUUCAAUUGUUUGCGUAUUGUGUUUUUCUGUGAGUGACAUUUAAUAACAGUGUAAAGAAGAGUAGAGUAGAACUUUUAGUGAGUUUAACUCAUGUUGAAACCAUUUGAAAUGUGAAUCAGAAACAGAAAAGUGGAUCGGUUGGGAAUAUUCCAGCUAAAAAACCAUGCCGUCUGUAACUAACAAUUCCAUUGGACCACAUGGUGCUGGAAACAACAUGAAUUGCUCAAUAAUUCCUAACAAUGAGGAAUGUGGAAUCAGAGACGUGUGGGGAUACAAUUUGAAAGAAGAAUUUAAGACUAUCAGGCAGAUUGUACAGAAGUACAAUUUUGUCGCCAUGGACACUGAAUUCCCGGGUGUGGUAGCAAGACCCAUUGGGGAGUUCAGGAGUACCGCCGACUAUCAAUAUCAACUACUAAGAUGCAACGUUGAUCUGCUCAGAAUCAUUCAGCUCGGAUUGACAUUCUUAGAUGAGGAUGGAAAGCCUCCGUCUGGACAGUAUACAACUUGGCAGUUCAACUUCAAAUUUAAUCUCUCGGAGGAUAUGUAUGCACAAGACAGCAUAGAUCUACUUCAAAACUCUGGAAUCCAAUUUAAGAAGCAUGAAGAGGAUGGAAUUGAUCCAUUUGAGUUUGCAGAACUACUUAUGGUUUCCGGCGUUGUUCUAAUGGAUGAAGUGAAAUGGUUAUCAUUCCACAGGUAAUUCUGAACUUUCUUA